AUGUUCGUACUCAGCCCGACGGGCCUGGGAGCAGGAAGUGCUAGUUGACCAAACUGAGCUAACCAGCUAAUUUUAGUCAGAUAGUUUAGCUCGGCAUUUAACUCGAUUGUCACAAUGGGGCUGUUCGGCAGAACACCGGAGAAACCACCAAAAGAUCUGAUCAAUGAAUGGUCUCAGAAAAUCAGGAGGGAAAUGAGAGUGAUUGACAGACAAAUUCGAGACAUUCAAAGGGAAGAAGAAAAAGUUAAAAGAUCCAUCAAAGAUGCUGCCAAAAAGGGCCAGAAGGAUGUGUGUGUGAUUCUCGCAAAGGAGAUGAUUCAGUCAAAACGAGCUGUUACAAAACUUUAUGCUUCCAAAGCCCACAUGAACUCUGUGCUACUCAGCAUGAAGAAUCAGCUUGCUGUACUGCGUGUGGCCGGGGCCCUGCAGAAGAGCACAGAAGUCAUGAAAGCCAUGCAGAGCUUAGUCAAAAUCCCAGAGAUUCAGGCCACAAUGAGGGAUCUAUCAAAGGAGAUGAUGAAGGCUGGUAUCAUUGAGGAAAUGCUGGAAGACACAUUUGAGAGCAUGGAAGAUGGAGAGGAGAUGGAGGAAGCAGCAGAGGAGGAAGUUGACAAGAUCCUCUUUGAGAUCACAGCAGGUGCCCUUGGCAAAGCACCAAGCAAAGUUGUAGAUGCCCUGCCCGAGAUGGAGCCAUCUGGAGCCACGGCAGCUUCAGAGGAUGAAUCGGAGGAGGACAUUGAAGCAAUGCAGUCGAGAUUGGCAGCUCUGAGGAGCUAAGUUGAACUGCCACUGUGGUGUUAAAGUCACUUUGCUCAAUCCAUAAAGGACAAAGAAUUCUGGUGCAGGGUUUACAGUACUGAGCAGCCUCUGUGCUUCAUAUUAAAAUUAUUAUUUCACAUAAUCAGUUGGGGUUAACUUUGUGCUAUGACAUUUAAUGACUUUAAAAAUGUUUUUUUUUUUUUAUAUAGAAUGUUUGGUUUACUCAGCCAGAAGAAAAGGUGUUUUUGUUUUUUGUCUUUUAUUAUCAGGGCAUAACCCUUGGUAAGUCUUUAUUAUCCAAAGUCAAACAGAAGGUUUAAGAAAGUGUAUAUAAUGUAAGUAUGAAAAGCCUGCUGUGCCUACAGUGUUUCAUCAUAUUCUUCUGUCCUAAGUGAUGGACUGAUUGGUGGAGGUACAGGGGUAUUUAUGAUCCAAAUAAUUGAUUGAGUAGCUGUUGAUGGAAGCCACCCUGUACAUGAAUCACAUCCUAGAUUACUAUUCAGCAGUAGUUGUAAUCUCUUAGAAUGCAUUUUGUAAGCAGCAGCUGUUCUGUUUACGAAUUCUUAACCUGUAUUAUAUGAAACACUCGAGGUGAUGGGUGGAUUUCUCUUUUGAUAGUUAAUUUUCUGUACAGUCAAAAUGUGUGUAUUCUAUAUGUGGUCAUAUGUGAAAUACACUCAUCAGAAAAUGCACGCACACUACCCUAAGCCAUUCUUUGCAUUAACAUUCUGCUUGUUAAAUGUUUGGCUUUGUUACGAUUGAGUUCAUUUUCAGCAGGAAGAUGCAGAGGAAAUGGAAAAGUUGGUUAGUGCAGAACCUAUGUAUCGUGGAAGUGUUGCUUGUGUUACUUUUUCUAUGUGAAAGCGGAAAAAAUAAUGAAAUAAACUUUUAAGAAGAAAGGUUGCCAAUAAGAAA